AUGUUUGGGCAGAUUUGGGCAGUGUUGUGUUGGAAUGGUUGGAAUGUUUGGGCAGUGUUGUAUUGGAAUGUUGAAAACUUGAAGGAGAUUUACAAGAGGUUUGAUGAGCUCAAAAAGACUGCCCCCCCUCCUCCCCCUCAGCAGCACGUUGAGCCGCCACCACCACCACCACCACAGAUAACAACAGGUAAUUUGCAUAUGCAGGAGCAGAAACCGGCGGUAGAUUUAACAAUGGAUGCCAUGCAAAGGCCACAAUGGUUCACUGAUUGGAUAAACAAUCCGAGUGAUCAUCAGCAAAUGAAUUCUUUUGGUCAUGGGGAUGAAAUGAUGCUGACAUUUGGUGAUAAUAAUCACAAUACAAUGUGGUCUAACGUCUUCUUCCCUUAA